CUUCUGCCGGCGCCGCCGCCGCCGCACCGGCCAGAUUAUAAUCUUCUUCGUUCUCUUAUGGGCUGAAUAUAUGGUCACUUAUGGUUAUCUAUCCUAGUUUAUGAGGAGCCAUGUAUCUGUUCCUCCUGCAGCAGCUCGGAAAGUUAAGGUUCCAGUGGCAAUGUUUGGUGUGUCUAGAGCGUAUGCUUUAGUUUUGUACAUAACGUCCAAGUCUGUUAAUGCAAAUGUGGCCAUCAAAGCAGAAUCUGUGCUUACUUUCCCUGUCAAGACUUCCAAAAAAUGCCCUACUUUUACUCAACCCUUGAAGGAUCCAUCUGUCACGGCGGAUACCAGAGCAAACAAAAUCAAUGUGAAGAGCUUCUAUAAUUUAAUUUCAUCUCCUGAAUAUCUAAAUUUUAGCAAGUAUAGGAACAAGUUUAAGAGCGCAUUAAACUUUCCACCCUACAGUGGAAAGAGGAGGUACGGGAGCACUCCAAAAGGUUUUCCUGCUGCAGUAUUACCCGGUGAAAGUCAUCCUAUUCUUCAAUCUAAAGGGCUUCAGCAUUGGUUCAAGAAUUGGCAACACUUGAGAAAGCAUAAACUGACAGCGAGUACAUUUAGUUUGGCAGUUGGUUUUUGGCCUUAUGGCCGAUGUAGACUGUGGUUAGAAAAGCUCGGGAAAAUUGAACCAUUUUCCGGAAAUCUUGCUACUUGUUGGAGCAACAUUAAAGAAGAGGAAGCUCUUGAAAGAUACAAGUUGAUAACUGGAAACACAGUAUCGUUUCCUGAAUUUCAGGUGUAUAGGAAGGAGAACCAUGAAGAUAGUUGGUUAGCUGCUUCGCCUGACGGAAUUAUCAACCCCCCUUUUUAUUCCUUGGAGAACCAUGGGAUUCUUGAAAUAAAAUGUCCAUUUUUUAAAGGUGAUAUGAGCGUAGCCACUCCUUGGAAACGAGUGCCAGUGUACUAUAUUCCACAAGCUCAAGGUAUGAUGGAAAUACUCGAUCUAGAUUGGAUGGAUAUGUAUGUGUGGACUGUUAAUGGAAGUAGUUUGUUUAGGAUAUACCGCAAUGUCGAGUACUGGAAUCUUUUGAAUAUAGCAUUGUCUGAUUUCUGGUGGAAGCAUGUCCAGCCAGCGAAAAGAAUACACAAUCUAGAAGCGAUCACUGAACCAUACGAAGAACUGGAGCCAUUCAAGCCGGCCUGUAAGCAUGAAUUAUUUCGGGAGAUAAUAUAUGGAAGCAAACUUGUUUCCAAUGACUCAAGACUAUUGAUAAGGGAGAUUCAUGGCGUACUGCAAGGCGGUUGAUUGAAAGCGCUACGGAAUACUAAUCAUAUGAAACGCGUUGGUCCCUUCCAUUAUUAGCGCAGUGGCGGAAAAUAAUUUUGGUGGUAAGUUCACUGCUUCGUUGUGAUAUCAAGAAUAUAAGUUGGUUGAAGAAUAUUUGGAUAUCACAUUAUUUUGAAAGGAUUAUUACAGCCUAUACCAAGGAUAUAGUUAUCUCGAAAUUACUAUUGGACUCGAAGUUUCAUUAGCUACAUCGGGACAAUCCAACUUUGAAAGUACUUUGAUACUCGGCACAGCCAGACGACUUCUAUGGCAGGCAGCAGUAUGCAUAUUUCCACGACAGAUUCAUGGCGAAAAUGCCAAAUGGAGGUAGAAGCUCCGCGGCUGUGAACUAAAAAGCCGAUUCGAGGAUUGCCCCUUUUUCACCGUUGUAAGUACCCCGAUUGCAAAUCUUGGAGCAAAUUGCACGUGCGUGAGGAUAUAGGCAAGUCUGCUCGGCAAUGCCGGUAGUUUGUGCAUAGUUGGCUGUAUAUUCAAUCUAAUUUUACCUUCGGUGAAUGUUCGAUCUUUGUAGAUUUAUUAGGUGCGUUUUGUUAUGUUAUGAGAAUGAAUUUCGAUUGCAUAUUUGGUUCGGGUUUAGGUUUGGGUUCGGCUUCAAAGUUUUUUGUUGGGAUUAGGCUAACUCAACACUAGUAUGAUAUUGUCCGUUUUAGGCUAAGCCCGUACGGAUUUGUUUUUGGACUUCUUUCAAAAUGCUUCAUACUAGUGGAGUUUACGUGGUACUUGUAUAUAAUGUGGGACUUGGGUUUGCACCACAACAAAUUUUCCUCAAACCAAGGACCAAUUUAUGGUCUUCUCUGCCACUUUUCACAGCCUAAAUACAAAGAGACUUGCUAUCUGACCAACCACAACUGUUGGGACCGACCCAAUCGCAAUGAGACUUUUGACACAAGACACCUUCGCAUGUCACGAGGGAGAGUCCACCGCCACCAACAAUGUCUAAUGCUACCCAGUUCACUUCAUUCAUACCACCGUUGGAACUAGAUCAAGUCAAUAAUUUACAAGAAUGUGAAUUUUUCUUCGUAUCUUCCAAUGUGAAAUUUGAACCUGGAAAUGUAUUUUUGAUCUAGCUUGUCAU